GAGAAAAUGGUCAGAAGAAAAUCGUGCAUUGAUCGUCCCCGGUCUAAUUAUUAAACUUCACAUGCGUCCCGUGUCCGCUUUUUCCCCUCUCUCUCACGUUCUCAGAUUCAACCCGUUCGUAUCGUCUCAGUAAAAUUUCUGUUUCUCUCUCCCCGGAUGAUUUUCCUGGAUCUUUCCGCGCGCAUGACAAGAAACCCAAUAAAAGAUCAUGUAGUUUUUGUGCGGUGUUCUCAUUGCUACACCGUCGCUCUUCGAUUCUUUGAUUUUGGGGGGGGAAACCGUGCUUUCUCUGUGCACUCUUUGCACGGUUGAAAGCCUGUUUUCCUGGUUUAUGGUUUGAUACAUUUUUCCGGGAUCCAAUUUCUUUGCGAUUCUGUCGAUAACCGAUUUGAUUGGUUUGCCAUUUGCUGAUUUGAGGAGUUGAAUUGCCUGCAAAGAUCAUGCAUUUGCCAUGGAAGCACUCAAAGAGCAAGCGAAUCUCCAACCUGGUGGCGGACCACCUCCACCCGCCGAAGCGCGGCGGAUCUCUGCCGGUAGAGACCGGUUUUCCGACGUCUCUCGUCGAUCUCUUCCACAAGAACCGCGACCGCUUGAAGAAACGCUCCAAGAAGAAGCGCCUCGAGAAAGAAACCCCUGAUCCAAUUCCCAUACCUCCUCGUCGUUCCAGUUCCUCCUCGCUCUCGCCGACUUCCACCGCCGUGAACACCGCCUCGAGCUCGCGUCCUCCGAAUUCGCCGCCGGUUCUGCCGACUCCCCCCGUUUCCCCUGCGACUGGGCAGACUUGCUCGCCGGAGCGGGUCGACGAUGAAAUUAAGGCUGCCAAUGAGAGAGCGGAAGUAAACGGUGAGGCUGUAGACAGGAAUAGGGUUUUUCUGGUGAUUUUGAAGAUGUUCUUGGUGGUGGUUUUGGCCUUGGGGACGAAGAAAUUCGUUGUUGGAAUUAUCAUGUCUGCUUCCUUGCUAUUGUUCAUGGAGUAUGCCGGUAAACAUUUGUGCAGAAUGGCCACACCUUGUAUGAAUGCAAAGAAGUCUAUCCAAUUUUUUAUGGAAAGGGUUCUGUUUUUUCUUGGAAUCAAGAGACAGAAGUUGAAGAUGGAGGCGACAUUUGAUCAAGAAGAGACGGCAAUGCUCGUCUCUGCUUCUUCGUCAUUUUCAGAGGAGGGGCGUAGCAAUCGUGGUCGCAUUCAAGAAAUUCAAUUUGUGCAAUCCAAUUAUGAUUGUGGUUCUGAGGGAAAGAAGACGAAUGAUACGGUUCAAGAAAUUCAAGAUCUGCAACCUGGUCCUAAUGUGGUGCCUCCUACUCGGAGGAUACAAAUCGUGAGAGAGGAAAUGGGCAAAAAUAAUAUUGUUUUGGAGAAAGAAGAGGCCUACAAAAGUCAUAAAACUCAUAGGGGCAAGAUAAGGUCCAAGAUGAAGAUACUUGUAAAGAAGUUUCAUGGUUCGAAGAAGAAACAGUCUACUUCCAAGAAUGAAGCCUGUGGUUCGGUUGCGGAUGACAAAGCUGAUAUGGGUGAAAUUGAGCACACAGAUGAUGGAAUGAGUUGUGAAUUGCAGCAUGAUGACUAUGCCGAAGGUGGACAGAAUUGUGGAUUGCAGUGUGAUGCGAUUUGUAGUUCGAAUGAACCUCCCAGGGUAAAAACGAAAGAUGGCAAAGCUGGGAAACAUGUCAAUAAAAAGAGGAAUUCAGGGAAUCUCAUUGUUUUUGUGAUCGUGUUAGUUGGACUUGUACAGGGUCGGACUUUGGCUUUUGCACUUAUCAUGUCAUGGUAUUUGCUGGUGAAAUUGGGCCGAAGUUUAUGGAGAUAUAUUAAAGGUGACACUGGUGAUGUCUCAAAUUCUAAAUAGGGAUGUGAUAAUAUGUCUUAUAUGUUAUUACGAGGUUGUAGAAGGGGGACUGAAUUGUGAAUCUGACUCUGGUGACUACUCAUCAUCAUAAUCAAGUUGAGGAAUUGAUGAUUGAAUUAAUGACGGAGAUGCACUUACACUUUGGAGAUCCAGCAAACUUGCAGAAUGGAUGCCAAAAAUAGCGUAGUUGGGGAACAUGCCAAAAUAAAGAGAAAUUCAGGGAUCUAACUGUUUUUGUGAUUGGUCUAACUGAACUUGGCAUGUUACUCAUCUCCUCAUGGUAUUUUCUUGAGAAAUUGGCCGGAUGUCCAGGAGAUACAUAAAAUCACAUGUGAUGUCUUAAUUUCUAGUUCAAGACUUGGGCGAUAUAGUUUUCAGUACAUGCCAUUCUGGUACUUACAUUACUAAAGGUGCUUUUAUUUUUCCUUUCCAUCAAGCUUUUUUAAGCAUCAAUCUAUAGUAUGAGAGCUUACCAUGAGAGAAUGUUCAGCCUUUGGUUGCAAAUCCAAGUCCAACAUUACGUGUUGUACUAUGAACUGUAAACUAACACAUACAAAGUUACACUUUAUGAUAAUUCUUUCUUUUCUUGGCCUUUUUAAUUGUUGCACUGCAGCUAUUACAUGUUAUUUAACACUUUCUUUUUCAUUUCACUGCUUGAAUAAUUGCUUUAUUUUUCACGUUAUUUUACAUGUUAUUACUUGGACUUUUAACCAUUUUGGAAGCUCCUGAUUGCAAGAUUGCUCAUGUGAUUUGGUCAGUGUCCUCAUCAGUUAAAUAUAAACUUUGACCCUGACCCUUCCCAAUGUCAAUUUUGAUUUCCAGUUGUGAGAUAAUUUUCUUUCCUUUUCUUCCAUGUUCUAAUAUCCUCAGAGGAGACAUGAACAUAUGUGUCCAAAUGAAAUCUGUGACACAGCUGAAUUGCUGAAUUUCAGCAGAAGAUCCUCAAGAAGAAAGAAAAAUGAAAUGGUACAACAAUUAAUCUUCUCAGUUAGGAGUUGACAAUCAUUCAGUUCCAGGUUGUUUUUGGGUAGAUUGAUUGUUUCUCUUUGAUGAUAUCAUUUUGAUGCCAAGGGGGACUACAAACUCAUGAUUCUGAUACUUGUUACAACAAAAAGCAUCUUCAUGUGCCGUAUGGCCACCCACACAGCAUUCACUAACAAAAUUACAAAUAUAUGAUUUUGGAUCCUUCGAUACUGUCAGCAAUUAUAGUUAAGAUACAUAGAAGACCAUUUCCAACACAUCAAUAUUAGAGUUCAGACGGCAGCUUACUAUGAUUAUUAGUCUAGUGAUGGAGACUAGUUCUUCUUUUCUCUGUCGACACUGCUCGCUUCCUAGCUAUAUAUAGAGGCCGAGUACGCUACUUGGUUUGUGUCAGAGCUCCCACAGGCAUUCUUCAAGCAAGAGAAAGCAGAAUCACCUAAGAUGGC